GGCCAGGCGGGCCCCCGGCGGGGCGGCCGGGAAAGGUUCGGGCCUAGCCCUCAGCAAAAGCACCGCCCCUCUUCCAGACUCGGAGACCUGUCCCCACUGCUGCCCGAGGCCCGAGGGAAUGCUGGCGGCUUUCUGGGUGGGCACUGGUGCUCCUGAGCCACGCUGGGAAGAUUGGCGCGCCCAGUCCCAGCCCAUCCUGGGCUGUCGGAAGCUGCAAGCUGAUAUCUGUCCAGAUUUCCGAGCAGCCUCCGCCCCCUCGGAGAUCGGCUUUCCAGCUUGUGGCGGCAGCUCACCGAGCACCUUGUUGGAAUACCUGUCAGUGCCUGACAAGAAACCCACCGCCUGAGACUCAAGCCACGCUCCCCCAGGACGCCUGGCCCUCCAGAGGGCCAAGGCAUGGCAGCCUGACGCCUUGGCUCACACCAGUUUUCGGGCCUCUCCCCUGGACUUCCUGAGCCCGGAGCCCAGCCUGGGGACCAGGAUGGGUCGUGAACAGGACCUGAUCCUUGCCGUCAAGAACGGAGAUGUGACUGGUGUGCAGAAACUGGUGGCUAAAGUCAAGGCUGCGAAGACCAAGCUCCUCGGCUCCACGAAGAGACUCAAUGUCAACUACCAGGACGCUGAUGGGUUCUCUGCUCUGCACCAUGCCGCCUUGGGGGGCAGCCUGGAGCUCAUUGCCUUGCUGCUGGAGGCUCAGGCCACUGUGGACAUCAAGGACAGCAAUGGCAUGCGCCCACUGCACUAUGCCGCCUGGCAGGGCCGGCUGGAGCCCGUGAGGCUGCUGCUGCGGGCCUCUGCGGCCGUCAACGCCGCGUCUCUGGACGGACAGAUCNGGCUCCCCCUCCCCCCCCAGUCAGAAAUGCUCCUCCAGCAUCAGUCCAACCCGUGCCUGGUCAACAAGGCCAAGAAGACGCCCCUGGACCUGGCCUGCGAGUUUGGGCGGCUCAAGGUGGCCCAGCUGCUACUGAACAGCCACUUAUGUGUGGCCCUGCUGGAGGGCGAGGCCAAGGACCCGUGUGACCCCAACUACACCACACCCUUGCACUUGGCCGCCAAGAACGGCCACAGAGAGGUCAUCAGGCAGCUGCUGAGAGCUGGGAUUGAGAUCAACCGCCAGACCAAAACGGGCACGGCGCUGCACGAGGCCGCGCUGUACGGCAAGACCGAGGUGGUGCGGCUGCUCCUGGAGGGCGGGGUGGACGUGAACAUUCGGAACACGUACAACCAGACGGCACUGGACAUCGUGAAUCAGUUCACCACCUCCCAGGCCAGCCGGGAGAUCAAGCAGCUGCUGCGGGAGGCCUCGGGGAUCCUGAAGGUUCGAGCGCUCAAGGACUUCUGGAACCUCCACGAUCCCACUGCCCUCAAUGUCCGGGCAGGGGACGUGAUUACGGUGCUAGAGCAGCAUCCUGAUGGCCGCUGGAAGGGCCACAUCCACGAGAGCCAGAGGGGCACGGACCGUGUGGGCUACUUCCCCCCGGGCAUUGUCGAGGUGGUCAGCAAGCGGGUGGGCCUCCUUGCGCCCCGCCUCCCCUCUGCACCCACACCCCUGCGCCCGAACUUUUCUCGGACACCGCAGCCCCCGGCUGACGACUCCCUGCACCCUCUCACCUAUGGCCAGCUCCCUCGGGUGGGCCUCAGCCCAGACAGCCCAGCAGGUGACAGGAAUAGCGUGGGUAGUGAGGGCAGCGUGGGCAGUAUCCGCAGUGCUGGCAGCGGGCAGAGUUCCGAGGGCACCAACGGCCACGGCACUGGGCUCCUGAUUGAGAACGCCCAGCCGCUUCCCUCCGCCGGAGAGGACCAGGGGCUGCCGGGACUGCACCCCCCAUCCCUGGCAGGCAGCCUGAGCCACCGCCCUCUGGCCAACUGUCACUCUGGGGAGCAGCUCUUCACCCAGGACGUGAGGCCGGAGCAGCUGCUGGAGGGGAAGGAUGCCCAGGCCAUUUAUAACUGGCUCAGUGAGUUCCAGCUGGAGGGCUAUACCGCCCACUUCCUGCAGGCCGGCUACGACGUGCCAACCAUCAGCCGCAUGACGCCCGAGGACCUCACGGCCAUCGGGGUGACCAAGCCUGGGCACAGGAAGAAGAUCGCCUCCGAGAUCGCCCAGCUCAGCAUCACCGAGUGGCUGCCCAACUACAUCCCGGUGAGUGGGCGGCCGCACGCGCUCCCACCCUCAGCUGUGGCUGCGGCGCCUCCUGGCUUGGGGCCGAGGCUGCCGCAGUACCACAAGAAGCUGCUGAGCAGCGGCUACGACUCCAUGGGGCUGGUGGCCGACCUCACCUGGGAGGAGCUGCAGGAGAUCGGCGUCAACAAGCUUGGUCAUCAGAAGAAGCUCAUGCUGGGUGUGAAGCGUCUGGCCGAGCUCCGGCGGGGCCUGCUCGAGCUGAGCCCAGAGCUACAGGCAGCCAUGGCCGGGGGCGGCCCUGAGCCACUCCCCCUGCCCCCUGCCCGCUCCCCAAGCCAGGAGAGCAUUGGAGCUCGCUCACGGGGGUCUGGCCACUCACAGGAACAACCUGCCCCUCAGCCCAGCAGUGGAGACCCUAGCACCCCCCAGGAAAGGAACCUUCCAGAGGGCACAGAGCGGCCCCCUAAGCUUUGUUCCCCACUUCCUGGCCAAGGGCCUCCUGGUUAUGUUUUUAUGUACCCCCAGGGCUCACCCUCCAGUCCAGCCCCAGGGCCACCUCCGGGUGCACCCCGAGCCUUCUCGUACUUGGCUGGCCCCCCUGCCGCUCCUCCAGACCCUCCUCGGCCCAAGCGCCGGUCCCACAGCCUGAGCCGCCCGGGCCCGGCCGAGGGGGAAGCCGAGGGGGAGGCCGAAGGGCCGGUGGGCAGUGCUUUGGGCAGUUACGCCACCCUCACCCGGCGACCAGGACGCAGCACCCUAACCCGGCCCAGCCCUAGCCAGACCCCAGUUCGAGGAGCUCCCCGUAGCCAGUCCUUUGCCCUUCGGGCCCGACGCAAAGGCCCCCCACCACCUCCUCCAAAGCGCCUCAGCUCUGUCCCUGGCCCCACCCCGGAGCCACCUCCGCUAGAUGGAAGCCUAGGACCCAAAGAGGGGGCCCCAGGGCCCCGAAGGCGAACACUGAGUGAACCAGCUGGCCCAUCAGAGCCCCCGGGCCCUCCUGCCCCCGCGGGCCCCGCAUCAGACACAGAGGAAGAGGAGGAUCCGGGGCCUGAGGGCACCCCCCCUUCCCGGGGCAGCUCGGGGGAGGGGCUCCCGUUUGCAGAGGAGGGGAACCUGACUAUCAAACAGCGGCCCAAGCCGGCCGGGCCCUCGUCCCGGGAGACGCCAGUGCCCACCGGCCUCGACUUCAACCUCACAGAGUCAGACACUGUUAAGCGGAGGCCCAAAUGCCGGGAGAGAGAGCCGCUGCAGACGGCACUUCUGGCCUUUGGAGUGGCUACCACCAUGCCCAGCCCCUCUGUCCCCAUGCCCUCCCAGACCCCCAGCGAGUCCCCUGUGGCUUCUCCCUGCCCUCCUCAGCCAGACCCUAGCAGCCUUCCAACUCAAGGAGCUCCAGCCCCUCUCCCUCCCAGCCCUCCCACCCAGCCCUCCAAGCCCCCCUGCCCUGGGCCAGCUCUGGAGAACUCAGCAGGCAAUCGGCAGCGUGGGGAACCAGAGCCCCCAGCUCCGCCCGCUGCCCUCAUCAAGGUGCCUGGAGCAGGAACAGCUCCCAAGCCUGUGUCUGUGGCCUGCACCCAGCUGGCAUUUUCUGGCCCUAAGCUGGCUCCCCGACUUGGCCCCCGCCCUGUACCGCCUCCCCGUCCAGAGAGCACGGGGGCUGUGGGCUCGGGCCAGGCCCAGCAGAGACUGGAACGGACCAGCUCGUCCCUGGCAGCCGCACUGCGGGCCGCAGAGAAGAGCAUUGGCGCUGAGGAGCGAGAGGGCCCCCCCAGCACCUCCACCAAGCACAUCCUGGACGACAUCAGCACCAUGUUUGACGCCCUGGCUGACCAGCUGGAUGCCAUGCUGGACUGAACUAGACCCACCUGCAGCGUCCAUUGCCUUUGCCCCAACACAGACGUUCCUGCCGCCCUAGCAGGGUCCCUCCUGCUGCUCCGAGCCAGUGGCUGUCAGCACUGCAGUUCCAGGGGAGCUGCCCUGGGGGGGGCCAGGGAGCUUGUCAGAACCUGAUAUCUCAGUGAAACCCCUCCCAGUGUCUAACCUGAGCAGAGCCCUACCCUUUGGUCAGGGACCCUGGUAAGAGCUCCCACCCAGGGAGAAAGGCGGUGGCAGAGCUUCUGUGCCCCUCCCCCCGCAGGUGUCUCACGCCCCUGUGCCAAGGACCUCUUGCCACCCGCUGUGCUGUCCGGUGCAGAGGCCGGAGGAGCGGUGUGUCUGGCCGGGUCCCACAGGUGUACAUAGGACAUGUAAAUAAACACCGGGGCUGCUUGCUGGAGGCGGCAGUGCCCAGGCCAGACGCCGGUUCCUCCCCUGCCUGUGAGGCAAAGCUGGCGGGGUGGGGGCAGCGGGAUUAAUAGACCCCCAAAGUCCAAACUUUUUCAACUGUAAAUGUUAUUUUUUAAGCAGAGAGAAAUGCAUAUAUUUUAAAUGGAAUUUAUUCUAUAACUGCCUGAGAAGACGCAGUGGGGAGGGGCUUCCAGCCACAGCAAGAGUGCCCACUGCCCAGCUCGGGGCUGGAAGCCUGACCUGGUUGGCCGGGCCCUGGCUCUGUAAAUUAACCUCUUACCCCAACUAACGCCAAUGAAAGUGUCAUUCCACGUGA